AUGUUCUUGGAACCAAGCAGAACUCUACAAUUGCUUAGGAGGCUAAGGGCUUUCUGGUCACUGGGUAUGUCUGUGACGCCUCGUCUAAAACCGGAAGUGGCUUCUUCUUUCAAUGGCAAGCUCAACUUACUUGUAAAUGAUGUUGAGACAAAUAUCAGGAACCCAACUGCUGAGUUCUGGGACCAGCAACAAGUAAAGAUGGGAGCAGAUCUUAGACAAAGCUGCAAGCAAUUAUAUCUCCAAAGGCACUUAGAACCCAAGAAAGACAUGCUAUACUCCAAGGGAUACCUCUGGCGCAGGUCUAGACAAGUAUUUUUGGCCUUAGUUCUUUAUUUGAUCCAUUUUGUCAUGUUUCAGGUGUGCUUGAAUCAUGGGAUAAGGUUUUGCAUUUCAAGGAAGCCGUAUUUACAUACAAGUCACAUGAAGACCUGA